CCAGCGAGCAGAGCUUUACCAGAUAGCAUGGCUCUGCAACAGGCAAUAUUUUUAGGGAUAAUUGUUGUAUUCUCAGGCCACGUCUACUCUGGGUUUGCAGCUCAAAAUGAGUGUAAGACGUAUGGCAGCGGCGUCUUUUAUACCUUCAACAAAACGGCAUUUCACCUGAAGUCCACAUGUCCUGUGACGCUCACACAGUUCACUCAUGCUGGAGUGAACUGUCAUAUCAUCGUCCAGCGUGGACUGAACGGCCUGAUGAACAGAGUGGAGAUCAUUGUCAAUAAAAUCACGACCCUCAUUCACAAUAACACUGUUACAGUGGAAGGCAGCAGAAUUCCCAUUCCUUACGACCACACCUAUCAGAAUGUGUUUCAUUAUGGAAUCUAUACCAGGUUCGAAAGCAGAGUUUUGCCUUUGUCUGUCACCUGGUACAAUGUCUCUAGUGGCGUCAGUUCACUCUGGGUGCAACUGGACCAGGUUUUAGUGGAGGGUAUGAGUGGACUUUGUGGGCACCAGAACAGCUCAGAAACUAUGCAGCAGCUGAUAUCUGCCAGUGUUUUCUCUGAUGGGCAAUGCCUGACACAAGACUCUCUUAGUCCGGGAAACAAAGCUUGUGAUGUUUUGUCCCAUGCUUACGAAUGUCUCGGCAAGAAAUUAUACAACUUUUACUUGGAUCUAUGUAAAAAACAUAUGAAUGGCUUAUGGCAUCAGGAAGCAAAUUGCUCCUUUUUUAAAGAGAUCUCACUUAUGUGUGGGAGCUCCAGUCCAUAUUUGUCAAUAUGGAGAUCAAAAAACAACUGCUCCCAACCUCUUUGUCCUGGAGACCUAUACUAUCAGGAGAUGGGUCCCGCUUUCCCCCCAACCUGCAGCAACCCACAGAAUAACACCACAGAAUUUACUAGCACCUGCCUGCCUGCUGGAGGAAAAGUCUUGAAUGAUCAUGCUGAUGGUUACCAUUCCAUAAAUGUGGAAGAAUGCCCAUGUGAACAUGCAAAGAAAAUAUAUGCACCAGGACAGGAACGCAGAACAAAGUGCCAGAAUUGUACCUGCAUCAGAGGCAAAUGGGCAUGUUCUCCAAACAAAUGCCCAGCCAAGUGUAUUAUUGAGGGCCAAUUCAUCACUACAUUUGAUGGCAAACUGUAUUCUCUACUUGACAGAUGCACAUUUGUGGCUGCAAGGGGGCUUAACUGGACAUUGAACAUUCAGUAUUCUAUGCAAACUGUUGUCAUAGAAAAGGCGUAUCUUAAUAUCAACCAGGAAAGAUAUACCUUCUCUGCAAACAGCAUACAAAUGAACAAUAUGGAAAUUAGUGACCUGUCACAGACUGAGUCAACCACAGUCUUUUGGCAGUCUUCAAUGUUCAUUCAAGUUCAGACUUCAUUUGGCCUGAAAAUGCAAGUUCAAAUCUCUCCAGAAAUUCAAAUAUAUUUGAAUUUGCCACCAACCGAAAAUACCAAAGGUCUCUGUGGAACUUUUAAUAAUGACACCAGCGAUGACUUCACCACUUUUAGUGGCAUCAUAGAAAGUUCGGCUCAGCUUUUUGCCCAGUCCUGGUCAAUGGGCAGUUGUACCCCAAUUACUGGAUGCAUCAACACUGACAAUGAGAUAUUUGCUGAGAACAACUGUGACCAACUGAAAGAUCCUGAAGGAGUGUUUGCUGUGUGUCACGGUUAUGUACCUGUUUUGCCCUUUGUCGAGGCUUGUGUAAAGAGAACAUGUCAGUGCUCGGCUGCAUUACAGGAAUGUUUGUGUGUUUCCUUUGGAAACUACGCAAAAGCCUGUGCAACUCAAGGGAUCACUGUUGAGGACUGGAGAUCAGAAACAAACUGCAUUCCUCCUUGUGUGGGCAACCUGAGGUUUACUUACGCCACUUUGGCAUGUAACCGUACCUGCCGUUCCCUCUCGGGCCCUGAUCCCACCUGUGAGGUGCUGGACGACCCUGUGGAGGGGUGUGGAUGUACAUCAGACUCUCACCUGAGCAACCAACUGACCUGCAGUCCUCGCUCACAGUGCACCUGCCACCACCCAGGAGGCAUCGCACCUCCAGGCCCAGUGGUUAUUGGUGGACGCCAAUGCUUGUGUGAAAAUGGACAACUCCAUUGUCCCAAAAUUUGCAAUUGCACAGUGGGAAAGAUUUGCGUGGAUUGUUUACAAAUACCAGUGAACACGGCCCAUAGAACCUGUGAAAGCUUGACCAAACCCGUAACUGAUGAUAACAGCUGUAUUAGUGGCUGUUAUUGUCCUGGGGGACUUUUUGAAGAUCAUUAUGGUGGUUGUGUGACUCAUGAAAACUGCACCUGUGAAUUCAGUGGGAGGGUGUAUGAAACUGGGCAGAGUGUGGAGACAAACUGCAAAAUAUGCACAUGUAGAGGUGGUGAGUGGUCUUGUAUUGAUGAGGCAUGUUCAGGAGUAUGUGAGGUUUUCGGGAAUGGGCAAUACCACACUUUUGACUCCAAAUGGUACAAAUUCGAUGGCCACUGUCAGUACACUCUAGUUAAGGACGCAGGCUCAAGUGGACAGUUUGCAAUUAAAUCUGAGAGCGUUCCUUGCUGUGACGAGUCUUUGACGUGUUCCCGCGCCAUCUCAGUGGAGCUCCUGGGUACAGUAACUCUGAUGUUGAGCGAUAUGACGGUAACUGAGAGAUUUCAGGCAGGGAAUGCAUUGCUGGCAGAGCCCCUUUAUUCCAUCCACACUGUGGGCCUCUACAUCAUCAUCACAGCUCCCAGUCUGGGCAUCACUGUAAUCUGGGACAAACACACCAGGGUCACCAUCCAACUAGAGUCCCAGUGGAGAGGCCGAGUGUUGGGACUCUGUGGGAACUUUGAUGGAAAGGUUACAAAUGACUUUUUGUCGAGCAGCUCCUCUGAAGUUUUCAGUGUUCUGGACUUUGGGAAUAGUUGGAAGAGAGCAGAUCCGCCAUGCUCUGAUGUGACCCAUGAAAUAUUUCCCUGUGAACGUCACUCCUACUGUGCAGCCUGGGCUCAGCGGCGAUGUAUGAUCCUGAUAUCAGACACCUUUAAAGAUUGCCAUCUGAAGGUGGAUCCAGAGCCUUAUUACCAGGCCUGUGUUUUGGAGUCCUGUUCUUGUGAGUUUGAAGGAAAGUUUCUCGGUUUCUGCACAGCUGUCUCAGCUUACGCAGAGGCAUGCAGUGCAAAGGACGUUUGCAUCAACUGGAGAUCCCCAGAUUUGUGUCCGGUGUAUUGUGACUAUUACAAUGACGUGGGUAUAAGCACCUGGCAUUACGAUCCCUGUGGCCAGGUUAAGACCUGUGGAACUAAUAAACGCUUUACAGGAAAACUUGAAGGUUGCUACCCAAGAUGCCCUGAGGAGACCCCAUAUUAUGAUGAAAACAUAGGUAAAUGUACCACUUUGGACAACUGCACUUGUAGCAUCAUGAACAGACUGUUGUCACCUCCUGAUGAAAUCUGCACUCCCUAUAAAUGCUGUAAAUGCUUUGAUGGACAAAUUGUCUGCAUUUCAACAACUACGACUACAACUACGACUACAAUUUCUUACACAUCAACUGCUCAGCCAUCUACAACGGCAAUGACCCACACAACCACAACACAACCAACAACAACUCAAAGCACAACAAAAUACACAACACAACCAACAACUCAAAGCACAACAAAAUACACAACACAACCAACAACAACUCAAAGCACAACAAAAUAUACAACACAAUCACCAACAACUGCGGAAACAACCAAAUACACAAUGCAAACAUCAACAACUGAGAGGGCAACAGAAUACACAACCACAACACAUCCAUCAACAACUGAGAGCACAACAGAAUCAUAUACAACUCCAGUAGAAGAAACAACAACACAGCAGACAACUACACAAACUACAACAGAAUAUACAACACACCUACCACCAACUGAGAGCACAACUGAAUCCUAUACAACUCCAAUGGACAGAACCACAACUCAGCCGCCAACUUCAGGGAGCACAACAGAAUACACAACACAACUUCCAACAACUGAGAGCACAACAGAAUCAUAUACAACUCCAAUGGAAGGAACAACCACAACACAACUACCACCAACUGAGAGCACAACUGAAUAUACAACCACAAAACAGCAGUCAACAACUUCACAGAGCACAACAGACUACACAACACAAAAAAUAACAAUAAAAUACUCUACAACAAAAACAACCACAAUGCCAACAACAGAAGAAUAUACAACUCCUGUGGAAGAAACAACUACAACAUCACAGUCACCAAAUUCACAGAGCACAACAGAAUCCACAACACAAAAACCAACAACAAAAUACACAACACAAAAACCAACCACAAGGAUGACAACAGAAGAAUAUACAACUCCAUUGGAUGAAACAACAACACAGCAACCAACUUCACAGAGCACAACAGAAUACACAACACAAAAACCAACAACAGAAUACACAACACAAAAACCAACAACAAAAUACACAACACAAAAACCAACCACAAGGAUGACAACAGAAGAAUAUACAACUCCAUUGGAUGAAACAACAACACAGCAACCAACUUCACAGAGCACAACAGAAUACACAACACCAAAACCAACAACAAAAUACACAACAGAAAAACCAACCACAAGGAUGACAACAGAAGAAUAUACAACUCCAUUGGAUGAAACAACAACACAGCAACCAACACAGAGCACAACAGAAUACACAACACCAAAACCAACAACAAAAUACACAACAGAAAAACCAACCACAAGGAUGACAACAGAAGAAUAUACAACUCCAUUGGAUGAAACAACAACACAGCAACUGACUUCACAGAGCACAACAGAAUACACAACAACAAAAUACACAACAGAAAAACCAACCACAAGGACGACAACAGAAGAAUAUACAACUCCAUUGGAUGAAACAACAACGCAGCAACCAACUUCACAGAGCACAACACAACUACCAACAACUGAGGGCACAACAGAGUCACAUACAACUUUAGUGAAAGACACAACCACAACACAACGGCCAACGACUGACAGCACAGAAGAAUAUAAAACCACAACACGACCAUUAACACAUGAGAGCACUCAAACAACCACAAUACCAACAGAAUACACAAAAGCAACUCAGCCAACAACUGGAGCUACAACAUCUGUGAAAUACUCCACUCCAGUGACAACAGUGACCACAACAGAUUUUGUAAUAGUCACUGGCUCUGCCAUCACAACUCUAAAUACAACCUCACAUCAAGUGCUCAAUACGACUAUAAAUCCGACAGCGAUGACCCCUUCAACGAAGAUGCCUGUAUCCAAUACUACAAUACCUACCACUGAACACACAACCCCAGUGUGUGUGUGCAUUGACGUGAUGCGAAAUCAAAGCUGGUCAUGUGGAGAAACUUGGAGAGAGGAUUGUGCUGAUAAAUACUGUAACUCUGGAGUGAUUGAGGUAAAAUCCAUAACCUGCCCAACACCCCAAGACAGGACGGAUUGCCCUGGAAAGAAGAUGACUUUAGUUAAAGAUAAAGAGACUUGCUGUGAGAGCUUUAUGUGUGACUGCAUGUGUCAGAUUUAUGGAGACCCUCACUACAUUUCCUUCCAGGGUAUUAAAUUUGACUUCAUGGACAACUGCACGUACACUCUAGUGGAGGAGAAAAAUUUGCAACACAGAUUAAGCAUUACUGUAGACAACUACUACUGUCUCAGCGGAACUGAUGAGUCCUGUGCUAGGGGCAUCACAUUAAAGUACUGGAAUGACAUUGUCACACUUAUGGCAACAGAGGAGGAAACAGUGGAGUCUACUUUGAACCAGGAAAUCAUAAAGCCACCGUAUGAAAAUCAGGUCUUCAAGUUUGAAAGCACUGAAACCCAGGCCUGCUACCUCUACAUCAAACCUAUCCGUUCCUAUGUUUAUCUUUCGGGAUCCAACACUCUGUUAAUCAACCUGGCAUUAGAGCACUUCCAAAACAACACCAUAGGACAGUGCGGUAGUUGUGGUGGUCCGUCAUGCAUACGAAGAAAUGGAGUAGUUGAAGAUGACAACUGCUGUCAUAAGACUGCAUAUGACUGGGUCGUAGAAGACCCCCUGAAACCCUACUGCAAAUCUGCACCCAUCAAUGUGCCUUGUAUCCCUGAAAUACCUCCACCUCCACCCCCGACCUGUAAUCCUCCAAUAUGUGACCUUCUUCACCAUGAGGUGUUUGCGGAGUGCAGUGAAAGGAUCGAUCUUACGUCUGUGGUGACGAACUGCCAGUUUGACUACUGUUCAUCCAGUAGGAGUGUUAUUGCAUGUUCCUCUCUGGAAUACGCAGCAUCAGAGUGCAAAAGGAUUGGUAUUUGUGUGGACUGGAGAGACCUUACCAAUGGCUCCUGUAAGAUCACAUGUCCUGAAGGAAUGAUGUAUAAAGAGUGUCACGAGUCUCCGAAUGUUGUCUGUCGAGGCGGAGUUCGUGUUCCUGCAACGUCUGUGGUUGGUCUGAGAUCAGGCUGCUUUUGUCCUGAUGGCCACACGCUUGCAGAAGAUCACAAGCAAAUCUGUGUGCCUGAAUGCACUAAGUGCAAAGGACCAUUGGGUGAGCCCAUGCCGGUAGGGGCAGUAUGGGAAUCAAACUGUCACAUAUGCACAUGUAAUAACCAGACUAGAACUGAAGAGUGCGUUCUCAAACCUCCCGGACCUGUUCCAGUCUGCGGCGCCUUCUCCGUCUUGGUUUCUGACUGCUGUGGCAAUCAGAUCUGCGUUGAGAAGACUUGCGACUACAAUGGAACGAUUUACAAGGUGGGUGAUCGGUGGACAGACCCUUUAAGGCCGUGCGAGUCUUUCACCUGUAGUCCGACAGGAACUGAGGUUGAGACAACCGUGUGUCCGCUUCAAACCUGUGCCGAGGAUUUACGAGUGUGGGAUGAACAUCAUUGCUGCUAUUCAUGUAAUGCUACAUGUGCUGCCAGAGUGACAAGAAUGAACCUAACAAUUGCCAACUGCACACAGGAAGUCGAGCUUCCCAUUUGUGAUGGCGAGUGUAAGACACACAACAGGUGGAUUCAGACUAACGGGACGCUGCAGCUUGAACAGAGUCACCGGUGCUGUAAGGAGAGAGGUUAUGUGAUGAGAGAUAUAACGCUGACUUGCAGCAAAAGCUCUCUGACCCACUUCACAUACAGACACGUCACAAGCUGUGAAUGCAAAGCCGAAGGUUAAGUUUACUUGACAUACAAAUGGAUGAAAACCUUAGUUAAAGUUACAUGUGAUUAACUUUGGUCUCUGUGUUGUUUAUGCAUAAUUAAUAAUUAGCUGCUGAUGUGUGGGAUAAUUUAGUUUCAAGCCAAACAUAGUUCUGUCAUUUGUAUUUUUCUUAUGGUUUGAAAUGCUCAAGGAAUCAACUUUAACCUCAUUGAUUGUCAAACAUCUGCCUUAUAGUCUGUUCCAAAAUAAUUUUUUUUGUCUAAAUAAUAACCUACUGCAAUUAUAUGCAAUAUAUUUCACAUUGUUAUCAAUUAUCACUUUUAAUUUGAACUAUUCUGUUUUCUGACAUGUCACAUAUUAAUAUAAUGUCAUGCUUAUAUGUAUCUGUACUUUGAUUUCAUGACCAAAUCAAACCUGUGAUUGUAACCUGAUAUCAGGUGUCAAGGCCUCAGAGGCUUUUGUAAUCCACUUUCUGGAUUCAUAAUUCAUACUAUUCAUUAAUUAGAUAAUAAAUUAAUAUGAAACUUG